GUAUAUCUGAAAACCGUUACAGUUUAUUCCAAAUACAGUUCGUGACUCGUUCCGCUCACACUUAUAAAUUAAAAAAACAAAGUUUAUCGUGAAUAUAUUAAUAAAAUUGUUGCAGAAUAAUCCUAACUAUCAAGGAGAUCUUCGAUCACCAUCGGUUGAAAUUCCACUACGUGAGUGGUUGAGCAAAAGUGUUCAUGGUCAAGAUAUCCUUGUCCUCUAUGAUGCUUAUCAAAUGUUGGAUGACUCCAAAAACAAAUUAGUGGCACUAAUUCUUCAACGUGGAACUGAUGGACUUCUGGAACUACCAGAAAUAAAACCUCAUAUUUAUAUGAAAUUGGCUCAAGAAAUUGUCAAGAGAUUUCCAACAGAAGCAGAAGGUGUUUAUUAUGUUCCUCGGAUACGAAACACAAAAUUGCAAGAUGGAAUACCACCUCAAGGAAAAUUAAGGCACCACUAUACAUAUGUAAGACGCGUCCACGCCGCAAAACGAAAAUUAAUUACUCAGCAGAUCAACGUCGAACAAACACGUGUGAUACCUGAUUUAGACGAUGCCAAUGAAAAAAUACAAUUUUUAUACAAGGGAAUUCAUAUGCGUGCGGAGAAGUAGCUGUUAUCAUUAUCAAGUCUACGAGGUAGUUGAAAAUAAUUAUUCAACAAAAUAUUCUAUAGUUAAUUUCUCAGAGGUAGAUAGUGUUGCGUCAAUAACGCGAUUACCAAAUAAUAAGGAUUUUAUUUGCAGAAGAUAAUUUUGAUUAUUACUGAUGACUAUUGUUAAUAAAUUUACAUAAUUGAUUUUA